AAACAUUGAUAACUGGUUUAUCAAAAUAAGUAGAACAUAUUUUGGCACGGUCACUUAUGCUCUGGGCUUACAACUUGGUAAUUACACUAGGGGCAAAACUUUGGCAAAAUGGUGAAGUCUCCAAAACGUCGGAGAAUGUCGGCAUCAAGCCAUCACUCUUCGGAAGGGAAGGCUGUUGGAAUGGACAUGGAGGAAGCAGCAACAACAACAAAAGACAGCGAUAAAAAAGAAGGGGAGUCGUCUCCAGCCAGAUGCCCAAUUUGUCUGGCACCUCCUGAAAAUCCAGCUAAAAGUGAAUCCUGUUCUCAUUUCUUUUGCUUCAUUUGCCUGAAAACUUGGUCAAAACAGAAGGCUGAGUGUCCUCUCUGCAAGAUGCCAAUACGUACGAUCUAUUACGAUAUAAAGAGUGAUACAGAGUUCCAUGAAUACCAUGUACAACAGCGACCUGCCGAAACAAGAUACCAAUUCCCUAAUUCAUCGUAUCGAAUGAUCAACAUUGAAUCCUUUGACAACUGGUGGCACGGCAGGAUGUUGGAGUUCAGAAAUCAACAAAGAAGAAGACGUGAGAACAGCCUGGCUGCCCGAGAAGCUUUGAGCAAUGUAGGUCUCAUACGGGAGAGAAGAAUGCAUUACUGGAACAAAAAAAAGGUUCAUCGUGUUGAUACUGGGAACAGAGUUCGAGAUAUUUCCGCUGAAUUUUAUCGCCAAAAUCCGAGUCAAAUGCACAGACUUGAACCUUGGUUGAGAAGAGAAUUGACUGUUCUUUAUGGUGCUCAUAACAGGCUUUUGAUCAGACGUGUUCGGGACCUAAUAAUGUCUGCUGUGACAACAAUUGGAAUGACAUCACCGACUUUUUAUUCAACGAUACAGCCGUAUAUGCUGGAACACACUGCACAAUUUGUUCAUGAAUUUGUGUCUUUUGCUAAAUCACCAUACGAUAUGGUGCAAUAUGAUAGGCAUGCUCAAUAUGAUUCUACAUCUACGAGCGAAGAAUCACAACGACGGUCAGGUGGGGGCAGUAGAGAUUCUGUUACUGUUCCAAGAAGGAGGCGAAGUAGAAACCCCACCAGGAUUAUCAGAUGGGAGGAAAGUCCGGAUGCAGCAAAUAACGUCCCUGGUGAACCCACUAGCCAAUCUGUCAUGCUGUCCAAUACUUCAUGGGGGGAAGAUUUGGGGACAACAUACCCCCCAUCCAAUGCCCCGUACCCCCCAUCCAGUUCAACAUCAACAUUGAGUUACCCAAGAUCAAGUAAUCGUGCGUAUGAUGCUUACCCUACUCCUCCCCCUCCCAGGGACUUCCCCGUCGCGGCUCCAGAGUGGAAUGUUCCGUAUUCCCGCAUGAUGAGAUACAUGAACAGACCACCGACAAUUGAUCGUGAGGUAGAAGCCCCGCUGGUUCAUCAAUCAAUAGAUUUACAUCGUCCCGGUGGUUCAUCAGCGAGACAUUAUGAUCGAAUGGAAGUCUACAGAAGACAUUUCGAUCGUCAUUCUCGACGUCGAAGAUUGGAAGAAUCUCGUAAAUUGGUCAAAGCCGUUUCGUUUGGUGGAUCUGAAACCAUCCGUGAACCAGACCCACCAGAAGUCAUCGUGAUUUCGUCUGAUUCAAGCGACAAAGAACAGGAACCAGGUCCAUCAGACCGUGAUUUCAGACGCAGAAGUCCAGUUUUGCUUCAUUAUCAUCCGACAGAAGCCGGAACAUCGCGAAGUAACGCUGAAUCUACGGCAGAUGAUCAAAUCCCUAUGGAGGUCAAGAUAGAAAAUAGUUCCGAGUCACAAAAGCAUGACUCGGCUUCUGCGAAUUCUGAUUCCGAAGACAGUGAGAUUGAAUUCGUCAAGUAUGUGAAACCCCCCCACCUUCGCACCCCUGAGGCAUUUAUAAACAUCAGCUCAACAGAUGAAGAUCAACCAGGACCAAGCACAAGAGGGGGCUAUUAUGAGGACAGAAACAAGAAACCUAAGCCUAUUGUGACAUCAUCGUCGUCAUCUUCCAGCAGUGAAGAGUCAUCUUCAGAUGAAAGGAAUCCCGAUUCAAAAAAUCGUCGCCGGAAAUCCACUGGAUCAUAUGGUCACAGAGAUGUUUUACAAAGAACGAGAGAUUUUUUGAAUCGAGCACGAAACGCAUCUCGUUCCCAUAGCAAUGAUGAUGUCACAAUACCCUCUAUUGCCACGGUAACUCCUGUCGAUGACACAGAAUUCUCUGGUGAACCAUUUAUUUCACCAAGUGAUCACUCACCUGAAGCUAUGCCAAUACCAACUCGGCCUGUGACCUCACCAACCCCACUUAUGACAUCAUCAACUCCUGUGAUUUUAUCUCCUAUGAUGUCAUCAGACAAUGCAAUGGAUUCAUUACAAACUGCAAGCAAUUCUGUGACAUCACAAAGUGCUGACAAGCAGAACCCGAAGAAAAUUUUCGAAAAAGGAAAAGUUACGAUUAAUUUUGAAAUACCUGGAAUGAAAGGAAUUCCGCUAUAUAGUUCGGAUUCUGACUCGGAGAUCGAUGUGGGAAUGGAAACAAAACGAACACCGUUGGAAAUUUAUUCUGCGAAGCCUUAUGAAGUGGAAAAUUCACAGCGUAGCCGUUCAAGAGAUGAAUUUCAGAACAACCAAGAAUCUCCUCAGAUUCACGGUGAAUUGAAUUCACCAAAUUAUAGCUUCACUUCUUCAUCUAGCUCGGAAAAUCGUGAAAGAAUACGAUCUCAUUCUAGUGAUUUGAAUUCACAGAGAAAUUCACGAACUCAUGAUCAGUUUUUGGUGAAUUCAAAUGCUAAAGAACCUCAGCGGCAUAGAAGUUCAUCUUUACAUAAAAAGAAGAAACACUCACGAAAGUCUCACAAAAAAAGAUCACGACAUCAUGGUGAAUCGGACAGCCUCACGAAACAUCACCGUGAAUCUAGAUCUUCUCAUGAAGAUGAUCACAAUCACAAAUCAAAGAGACACAGAAAAAAAUCAUCGAAACAUCACAAAUCACGAUCUUCCAGUGUAGAAUUUGUCUCUCGCAUUCGCAAUUAUUAAUUUUUGUUCAUAUGUAUUCUAACAUGAAGCGAUAACUAACUUUUUCAUCAGCCGUCUUUGGUAUACCACUAUAAAAAAGGCUUCACAUGUUACUCUAGCCCAGAAGUUCCCAAUCUUUUAGGGCUUGUGACCUCCUUCUGAAGAUGGCUGAGGUUGCUAGAAUUGCUGUCCCUUUUGUUCUUGAGUCCUAUGUGACCUUAUUGCUUUACCCGAAAUGAUGCUGUUUCAUUUCAUGGAUCGUUAUUGUUAUGUCGUUAGGAUUCUUGUUGGGCCAAUUCCUUUGAAAUUUUCAGUGGUGAAAGAUUGUAUUUUUUGCUAGAAGACUAUUACUUCUAUUUAUUUAAAAAAAUUCUGUAGGCUUUCAAGGAAUUCAUUUUAAUCUGAAAUGAGGUUAUCAAAAUUACUACUGUCUACUGUGACAGGUUGCUUACCUGUACUACUUUAAGUCUUGUAUUCAUUCAAUCAUGCUUGUUCCCUAAUCUUUCCAGCAAACAUGGUGCUCGCUCGGUCACUGCUUAAGCCUCGCCAUACCAGCAUGUGUGAACUUCAUAUUCAUUUACUUAUUUAACCUUUGCACCUUUUUUUGCUAUUGUGUUGUAUUUUACAUUUUGCUGCAGCUAUUGUAAAAGUUCUUUUUCAAUAUAACGGGUGAUGUUCAAAUGUGUGUUAAUUUGAAGGUGAGUCUUGAUGGCAAGUUUCCUUGUGCUGGGUUAAUUUGAUGAGACAAGGAAGUGGAGAGAUAGAUAACAAUCAAUGCUUCCUAGCCCCACAAUAUUGUUCUUUGUACAUGGAGCACAAUAUUUGGAUCAUUAAAUUAUCUUUACCGGUAAUUGAGAUUUGGCUAAAAUGCCUAUACUUUUGUUUUCCAGUACCAUUUGACCCAAAGUUAUACGGUUUUAUUUUAUUCAUUGGGAACACUUUUCAUGAAAUAUAAAACACUUUAUUAUUAUAUCACACCAUUGUACAUGGAGUACAACAUUUUGAUUGUUAUUGUUUAGUAUAUCUUUUAAAUUAUUUUUAGAAUGAGGACGACCAACUCCGACUUAUGUUUCUAGCACUAUGGGACCCUAAUUUUGAUCUUUGGGAAUAUUUUUAAUAAAAAAUGGAACACUGUCGUUUCAUCACGCCUGUCUGCCAUUUUUUCACCAAACUUUGUGGCUCAGCCACUGCUAUGUUCAAACUUUGUAUCCAUAUUUUUGACUGUCCCUUUUUUUUGCAUAUUGUUUUGUAUUUUACAUUUUGCUGCGUCUAUUGUAAAAGUUCUUUUUUAAUAUAAUUGAUAAUGUUCAGGUUUGUGUUGAUUACUUGUGCAUUUGAAGUGAAAUAGGUCGGUCAGUCUCUCUUGUGCUAAGUAAAGUCGAUAAAGAGAUGAAAUUCCAUGCUUUCAACAUGUUCAAUGUAACAACUCUAUUUGUACAUGGAGCGCUACAGUUGGAUCGCCUAUUGCUGGGUAUUGCUUUUCUCCCUAACUGGUUCACCAUUGGAUUUAGAAGAUUUAAAAUUUACACCACUUGCAGAGAAAACCUUUGUAUCCUAUUACUUUUGCUCUUGAAUCCUUAUUUAUCACCCAAAACUUUUACUGUUUUUUUUUAAUUAUUGGAAACUUUAUAUUCCAUCACACUUGUCCGGCGAUCUUUUCAGCAAACUUGGUGUUCAGCUUUAUUGUACGUGUAUGUGUGAACUUCGUAUUCAUAUAUUUAAACAUUGUUUUUUUUUGCUCGUCGUGUUGUAUAUGUUGUAAAAGGUCUUUGUUCUUUUUAAUAUAAUCGAUGAUAUUCAGA